AUGGCACACCAAGCAAAGAUGGCACACCAAGCAAAGAUGGCACACCAAGCAAAGAUGGCACACCAAGCAAAGAUGGCACACCAAGCAAAGAUGGACACCAAGCAAAGAUGGACACCAAGCAAAGAUGGCACACCAAGCAAAGAUGGCACACCAAGCAAAGAUGGCACACCAAGCAAAGAUGGCACACCAAGCAAAGAUGGCACACCAAACAAAGAUGGCACACCAAGCAAAGAUGACACACCAAGCAAACAUGGUACACCAAGCAACGAUGGCACACCAAGCAAAGAUGGCACACCAAGCAAAGAUGGCACACCAAGCAAAGAUGGCACACCAAGCAAAGAUGGCACACCAAGCAAAGAUGGCACACCAAGCAAAGAUGGCGCACCAAGCAAAGAUGGCGCACCAAGCAAAGAUGGCGCACCAAGCAAAGAUGGCACACCAAGCAAAGAUGGCAAACCAA